GGUGUACUAGAACGAAGCCUUCUUGCCAAUGAGACUCGGUACCCCGCCCCUUAACCCGAGUUACGAAAGUAUUUUCCAUGACAGACGUAAUCCUAAGAAUUUUUAGACCUUGGCUUGACCAUAUUACAAACCAGAAAGAACCCCGAGGAACCAUAAGAAAAUUAAGUCACGUCUUGGGACCAAAAUCAUGGGCGACCCUAUAAAUUUGUGUUUUAUGCAUCUAGGUUGUUUCCCCACCCACUGGGAAGAAUAUUUGAUAUAUCUUUUAGUGAGGGAGAAGAGAUGGGUACUUCUCAAAGACAGCAGCAUUAGUAUAUACAAAUGGGUUCCAGUCUCUUCAAGCAGUGUAGUUGCCCCAAAAAUAGUCGCUCCAAAAAUACCCAACGGGGAAUGCGAAAAUAAUGAUGAAACUAUGCAAAGUGCAAUGUCUAUUGAGAAUAAUUCGAAUGAAGAAACAAACCUUCGAGCACUGCGUGAUAUUGAUGAAGAAGAUUCAAACGCUGCUGUAGAUUUUUCAGAUGCUGGAGUUUUUGACAGCGAUUCGCAAACAUUUGAUAGAAUUGAUUAUAAAAAUGCAAGUUCAGCAACAACCGGCGCAAUUGAUUUUAGUGGUAUGCGAAGUAGAGAGGCAGAUAAAGGCCAGGCGAGCCUUACAGAGGAUGAAGAUAAAAAUGAGCCAGGGUUUGCCUUUUUUCAUUCUAAUUUUGGGAGAUGA